AUGUCCUGCGGUUACUUCCCAAGCUGCGGCCCAUCGUGCGCUGUCCCAUCCUGCCUCCCAUCUUGCGGCUCCCCACGCGGCUACCCCGUCAGCAAUCUGGGCUCCCUGGGCUCAUGCGGCGGGUACUAUGGCGGCGCGACCUCAGCGGGUUGCCUCGGCAUCGUCAACGGGGCCAACGUCGGCUGCGUCACCCAGCUGCCGCCAUCGGAAAUGUUGAUACAACCACCUCCUUCUUGCGUAACCAUCCCAGGGCCGGUCCUCUCUGCUUCUUGUGAGUCGGUUCGCGUGGCAGGUUACUCCGCCUGUGUCGGGGGUGGCUCUCUAGGUUCUGGCCGCCUGGGCCGAAGGCUGUGCGGCUACCCCUGUUAA